AUGGAUGAUGACAAGGAAUUCAUAGAAGCUAUCAAAGAUGCCAGUGACUGUAGUUCUGCGACGUAUGCAAGGAAGCUUUUUGCGAGAAUGUUGGUUUCCAAAUCGUUGUCUCAGCCUCAUGUAGUGUGGGAAGCUACUUGGGAGUAUCUUACCGACGAUAUUCUUUACAAGAAGCGGCGAGAAACUGGACGACCUGAUAUGAACUUGACCAUAGAGCAGAUCAAAAAUAUUGCUCUUAAUGAGAUCGAAAAUUAUUUGUUCAGCAAUGGUCGUAGCCUCAAGAAAUGGCCCCACAUGCAAAGCCAGAAAAUUUUAGAGAUUACAACGCUAAAGGAAAAUGAAAGACUUAUGGCGAUGAUAACAGAUGAGCAAAGAGGGGUAUACGAACAGAUUCUGGAUGCAGUUUUAAAUGAUAGCGGUGGAGUGUUCUUUCUUUAUGGUUAUGGAGGCACAGGAAAAACCUUCGUAUACAGAGCACUCUCGUCAGCUAUCCGAUCUAAAGAUAAACCUUUUGGGGGUAAAGUUGUUGUUUUCGGUGGAGAUUUCAGACAGAUUUUACCGGUUAUACCUGGAGGUGGUAGAGCAGAGACUGUUUUGGUGGCUCUGAAUUCGUUAUAUCUUUGGGAGCACUGCAAAGUUUUGAAGCUAACAAAAAACAUGAGAUUGCUGGCUGGUCUUACUGAUGAUGCAGCAAAAGAGCUUGAAUCCUUCUCAAACUGGAUUUUGGAUAUAGGAGAUGGAAAAAUAAAUUUGCCUAACGACGGUCAAGUUGAGAUUGACAUCCCUUCUGAUUUGCUGAUACAAAAUAGUGGAGAAGACCCUAUUGAGACUAUGGCAAAAGAGGUUUAUGGACAAGCUUUUCAAACUUCAACAGAUAAGGAUUUGUAUAGACAUCGAGCCAUUCUUACUCCCACAAAUGAUGAAGUGGAUAAAAUAAAUGACUACAUGCUUUCGCAGUUGCCAGGAGAAGAGAAGGUUUACCUUAGCUCUGACAGUAUUAUCCCAUCCGAUGUUGACAUAGAAGAAAAUGUCGUAUAUCCUGCAGAGUUUUUGAACAGUGUUAAAGUGGCUGGACUGCCUAGACAUUGCUUGAAGCUCAAGGUUGGUACUCCUAUCAUGUGUCUUCGUAACAUGGAUGUUGCAGAUGGUUUAUGUAAUGGUACUAGGCUAAUUGUUACUCAGUUACUGCCCCAUGUGAUAGAAGGUAGAAUUAUAACCGGAAACAAAAUUGCUGGACAUCCGGUUUGGAUCCCUAGAAUGUUUGCCACACCACCUGACACCAAGUUCCCCUUUAGAAUGCGUCGAAGACAGUUUCCAGUUACUUUGGCUUUCGCGAUGACCAUCAACAAAAGUCAAGGUCAAACACUGGAAAGUGUUGGGUUGUUUCUGCCUAGGCCAGUGUUCUCUCAUGGUCAGCUCUACGUUACACUUUCAAGAGUUAAGUCGAGAUCUGGAUUGCUAAUGGGUAGUGAUGGGUUAGGAACUGAUUGUAUUCAGGAGCAUCCCGUUUUCUGA